CUCGCUUCCCAUCCCAUUCUCUUCAUGCUUCAAUACUCGCUGCGAGCACAUACCCCUGAGUUCUGACCAGAAUGAUGAAACCCUUCCGAUUUCUUGCCUCCGCGCUGGCUCUUUGCCUGGUCGACGCCUAUUUGGUGACUCCUCCAGGAACACCUGCGCCAGGGGCAGCGUCGGCUUGCAGCGCAUGGGUGCAGGCCUCAUACGGCCUGACAUGCGACAUAAUCCACCGCUUUUACGGCAUGACUGCGGCCGAAUUCGAGGAAUGGAACCCUAGCGUCAGUCAGCUUGGUGACGGCUGCACUCUGAUCUCAGGCCUCUACUACUGCGUGCAGGUCAGUUAUAUCACCCAGAGUCCAACAUGGACGCCGCCCACGACUACGACACCUUCCACCACCAGUUCAGCCGGGAACGGCGUCACCACACCGACUCCCACGCAGACCGGCAUGGUGAGCAGCUGCAACAAGUUCUAUCUGGUUGUCAGUGGUGACUCCUGCUACGACAUUGCAGCUGCUCAGGGAAUACCUCUCGACAACUUUUACGCCUGGAAUCCCGCAGUUGGGAGCUCCUGCGGCGGCCUGUGGCCCGACUAUUAUGUCUGCGUUGGUGUGAUAUCAGGUGGCACGACCACCACCACCACUACUACUACUUCUACAACUACUACGUUUACUACGACUACAAGCACCACAACCACUGCAGGAAACGGGGUUACCACCCCUACACCAAUCCAGACAGGCAUGGUGACUAAUUGCAACAAGUUCUACCUGGUUGUUAGUGGAGAUGGCUGUUAUGACAUUGCCGCCGCAGCGGGGAUCGCGCUGAAUGACUUCUACGCCUGGAAUCCCGCUGUGGGGAACACUUGUGCUGGUCUUUGGCCUAAUUACUACGUCUGUGUGGGCAUCAUCGGCGGCUCAGGUACCACUACUACUAAGACUACUACAACGACCUCUGGCAACGGGGUUGCCACUCCAACACCAACUCAGUCAGGCAUGGUAAGCAACUGCAAGAAGUUCUAUCUUGUUGUUAGUGGAGAUGGCUGUUAUGAUAUUGCCGCGGCAGCCGGGAUCGCGCUGAGUGACUUUUACGCCUGGAAUCCCGCCGUGGGGAACACUUGUGCUGGUCUUUGGCCAAAUUACUAUGUUUGCGUUGGUAUUUAGUGGACAUGGCUUGAGCUUUCUUGUAUAUGAUUUACGAGUUCGAUACAGGCAUGAUGGGUGGUAUGGAAGCAAUCUACAGUCCUGAGUUUUAAAACAACCCUUGCCUGGUGCUCCAACAAAGGCGUCUUCCGAAGCGAUACAUGUAUUUUCAAUGCCAGCAAUAGUUCUGGUCAAGAGAUACUGUUUACCAACACUAAGUAAUUCAAUCUCCUUUGCAGAAGACACCUGGAAAAAGCCUAUACCAUCUAGAAUUGAACGUGUCUCUUGACUUGCGAAGUGAUGUGAUGUC